AUGGCAGUGACAACUUGUUCUGUCAGUGGGAUCGAGACCCUUCUGGGAAAGGCAGGACUGGACACACCUAUCCCAGAAUACCCAGGCGCAGACAUUGUGCACAAUCCGCAAGACAUAUUCCGAGUUUACCUCGCCGAAACUAUCCAGAAACUCACCAAUUGCGAUAGGUUGGUUGCCUAUGAUGCUAUCCAAACAUCCAAUGUUACGGGAAUGGGGGACCUUGUGGUCGUUGCCCCAAGACUGAGACUUAAGGACGUCAAUAAUGAAGACCUCGCCAAGGACCUUCUUCAAAAGUUACCAAGACUACCCCCUUUUGGAUGUCCCAUUCGUGACGGUAUCCGUCUCCAAGUCUUCUUCUCACCAAACACGCUGUCUCGACUUUCGCUAUUUUAUAUCAGUGAUAGAAAUGUAUCGUACGGAUAUGACACGUCCUUAGGACUUACUGAUCCGGCUGUGCCUGACGGACAAAAGAAGAAAGUCAUUGUAGAGUACUCAUCCCCCAACAUGGCGAGCGAGUUUCAAGUAUCACACUUGCGCAGCACGCUUUUAGGCACCUACGUGGCAAACAUUCAUGCCAGUAUGGGCUGUGACGUUGUUAGAAUGAAUUACUUGGGAGAUUGGGGGAAACAGAUUGGCCUCCUUGCUGCCGGUUGGCGGCGCUUCGGCUCCGAGGAUGAGUUUGCGAAGCAGCCUCUUCGUCAUCUCCUUCAAGUGAAGCACAAAAUCGAAGAGUUAUUCAAGCCAGAAGUGGAGAAGUGCAAGGCUACGAAAGCGAACGACCAAGACACUUCGGAAAUUGAAUCACAAGGGUUGUAUGCCGAGCGAGAUGAUUUCUUCAAGAAGAUGGAGGACAAGGACCCGGAAGCCAUUGCAUUGUGGCAACGCUUCAGAGACGCUACCGUCAAAGAUUUGACAGACUCAUACGCACGACUUGGGGUAACGUUUGAUGAGUACUCUGGAGAAUCACAAGUUACUUCCGAGUCCGUUGCUGAGGUGGAACAAGCUUUGAAAGAGAAGGGGGUUUAUGAAGAGCACGAUGAUUCCUGGCAAAUCGACUUUUCGAAACAUGAGGCAAAGGGGUUGUCCAUCGCGGUAUUGCGAUACAGAAAUGGAACCACCUCAUAUCUGUUGCGCGAUGUUGCUGCAGUUCUCGACCGAUUCAAGGCACACUCAUUCGACAAAAUGAUCUAUGUUGCCGCGAUGGAGCAAGAGAUGCAUUUCAACAGAGUCAUCAAGACACUAAAGCUCAUGGAUCGUCAGGAUCUUGCCGACCGCAUCCAACACACAUCGUUUGCCAAGAUAAAUGGCCUUCCAGAGGAGUUGAAAGGUGCAGAGCUGUUGAGUGAUUACCUCGACGGUUGCCGAUCCAUGGUACAGGCUGAUCUCGAAGAGGAAGACGAGGAAGUGUCUCAUGUUGACAGUUCGGAGAGGUCAGUGGAUAUACUUGGUCUUGCUGGCCUGUUUGUUCAGGAUCAUUACCAUAAGCGCAACACAUCUUACACAAGCGACGCGAAAAAGAUGGCACCCCUUGAAGGAGAAACAGGGGCGGCUAUUCAAAACUGUUAUGCCAGACUCUUGAAGAAAUUAGGACCGGAACCCACCACCUUCGACUACACAACCCUAAACUACACCUCAUUGGAAUCAGAGGACUAUGCCGAACUAUUGCGCAUACUUCUGCAAUACCCAGAUGCAGCACAUGGGUCGUUCAAGUCACUCGAGCCAUCUUUUAUAGUAGUUUACCUGCUGCGCCUAGUUGAUCAAUUAAUGGUCACUCUCGAUGAUGACGAUAUGAAAGAUUGGGCUGGUCAAGAAUCUGCGAGCGAAGCAAGACUUGCACUCUACGAGAAUGCAAGGCAGGUUUUUGAGAAUGCGCUGAAGCUCCUAGGAGUCACCCCUUGGAGUCUUUGA